UGCCUUGACACUAGUCUAGGAGAAGUGAUUCCGUGACUGCGGCUACCGCAAUUUCACCAACAUGGAGGGCAUUUUGUAUGUUCUUGCUGAUUAAUUUUAGGAGCCGGUGGGAAAAUGGCAGAGAGGUUGGAGUGGGUGGAGAUCAUUGAACCCCGCACCAGGGAGCGCAUGUAUGCCAACCUACUGACAGGCGAGUGUGUGUGGGACCCCCCACAGGGAGUUUGCAUCAAGCGUACUGGUGAAAAUCAGUGGUGGGAACUGUUUGACCCCAACACUUCUCGCUUCUACUACUACAAUGCCUCCACCCAGCGAACAGUGUGGCACAGGCCUCAAGGAUGUGACAUCAUCCCAUUAGCCAAGCUUCAGACCCUGAAGCAGCACACAGAUGCCAUAAAUCCCCGCUCUACUGCUGGAGGAGAAGGGAGAGGAUCUGCGGACAACAGCCCAGGACGUAACAGCGGGGUCAGCCGAGAAGGAAGCACUUCCUCCUCCCUGGACCAAGAGCUUUGUGAAAAGCAGAGCAGCAAAGAUGAGGUAGAGAGGACUUCUUCUUUCCGCUGGAAUACUGGUACAAAGGAGCGGAUGCUCAUCAAGGUGACAGACAGGGAGCCCAGCUUUUUGGCUCAUCAAGGAAAUGGCUACUCACUCUGUGAAUCCCCAACCCCUGGAGGAGGCAACACCUUGCGAAACCGCCAUUCAUCUGGCGGAAACCCCCCCUCAGAACCAAAUGGUUCACCUGUUCUCUACUCUGACCGUCGUCAGUCUCCAUAUCUGAAGCGGGCUGAGCUAGGCAGCAGUGGAACCCACCGCCGUCCCUCCACCGAGUCCCAGCCUCCAUCACCCCGCUACGCCUUUGAGCCCCCCCUGUAUGAGGAACCUCCAUCUGAUUUUAAGCCACCACCCAUCUAUGAAGAGCCACCUAUUGACAUGAACCUCUCAGACUCAUCUUCCCUUUAUGGUACAAACAAAUCACCAUCCCGGAAGUCUCCAGCUCCCUUCUACUCCCCCAAGCAGAGCCAGUCAUCCUAUGGUCAACUGGUUCUGACUAGGCAAAAAUGUCCAGAAAAAGCUCAGAGCCUGGAGUACAGUCCUGUAGGAAAGGAAUACGUCAAGCAGCUGGUGUACGUGGAACAGUCAUGUUCCAGUCCACGCUUCAAGACUGCUGACCGUCUACAGCGUUAUGGUACUAAUGGAGGCUUUGGUGGAUCAUUUGGAGGGUCCUAUACUCUGCAGCAUAGCCAGUCUCUGAUUAGAGAUCCCCGCCAACUUUUGGACUUUCGUGGAGAGGGAGGAGAAGGAUCUCAAAGGUUUAUUUUUGAAGACUCUAUUUCCUGGACAUCUAGUCAGACUCACUCACUGUCCUCCUCCUCUACAGCUGGGCCAGGUGGUUUCUCCCCCAGUGGCAAUCGUAAACGCAAGAGUCGCAAGCCAUCCCUCCCCCAGGAGCUGGGAUGCUGCGGGAAAGAGGAACUCCCAGGCACAGGAUCAGAGGUCAUGCUGGCCCAGGCCAGGCUAGCAUGGGAAGCCCAGCAGGUCAUGAAACAGAGGAGCAGUUGGGACUCUGGUCAGGGAGGAGGAGUAACCCAAUGCAGCAGCUCCAAAGACGGUUAUGAAAGCGAUGGGGCAGUGCCUCUGCCACUACCAGGACCUGUGGUAAGGGCGUUCAGUGAGGAUGAGGCACUAGCCCAGGGUGAUGGCCACCACUGGAAACGCAGUACCUUUGACCGUUUGGGGUUCCCUCAGGCACUGCUGGAGAAGAGCCUCUCUGUCCAGACCAACCUGGCUUCCCCUGAGCCAUACCUGCACCCUUCCCAGUCGGAGGAUCUUGGAGCCUGUGCCCAGUUUGAAGCCAGUCGAAAUGCCAGGAAUAUGAUGCCAAGUGCAAGUUGUGGCAUAUUCACAGAAUUUAGCUUGAGAAAGCCCUCCUCAGAGACUGACAUUGAAAACUGGGCAUCCAAACAUUUCAACAAACAUACACAGGGUUUGUUUCGGAGAAAGGUUUCCAUUGCCAACAUGCUAGCUUGGAGCAGUGAGCCCAUAAAGAAGCCAAUGAUUGUGACUACAGACCGAGGCGUAAAGAAGGAGGCUGUGGACAUCUUUAAGCUCAUACAGACCUUCAUGGGAGACCGUCGCUCCAAAGCGGACCCUCUUUCACUGGCUCUGGAGGUGGUGGUGCGGGGGUGGAGUAACCAGGGUCUCCGUGAUGAGCUCUACAUCCAGUUGUGCCGUCAAACUACAGAGAACUUCCGGUAUGACAGCCUGGAGCGUGGCUGGGAGUUGAUGGCCAUCUGCCUAGCUUUCUUUCCUCCCACCCCCCGUUUCCACACCUACCUGGAGGGUUAUAUCUACAGGCACAUGGACCCACUUAAUGACACUAAAGGAGUUGCCAUUAGCAGCUACGCCAAAUACUGCUACAGGAAACUGAUGAAAGCUGCUUUGACUGGAGCCAAAAAGGGGCUCCAGAAGCCCUCUCUUGAGGAAAUCCAGCACGCCAGGAAUGCCAUAUUUAGUCCAUCCAUGUUUGGCUCUUCAUUAGAGGAAGUAAUGGUGCUUCAGAAGGAGCGAUAUCCAGACCGCCAGCUGCCCUGGGUCCAGGCCCGUCUCUCUGAAGAGGUUCUGGGUCUCAAUGGAGACCAAACAGAGGGCAUUUUCAGGGUUCCAGGGGACAUAGAUGAAGUUAAUGCUCUAAAGCUGCAAGUUGAUCAAUGGAAAAUUCCCACAGGACUGGAAGAUCCACACAUCCCAGCUUCUCUGUUGAAACUCUGGUACCGGGAACUGGAAGAGCCGCUGAUCCCUCACGAGUUCUACGAGGAGUGCAUUAGUAGCUAUGACAACCCAGAGGCUGCUGUCAAUGUGGUUUUGGGCCUGCCACACAUCAACAAGCUGGUACUCUGCUACCUCAUUCGCUUCCUACAGGUUUUUGCCCAACCUGCCAAUGUAGCCAUUACCAAGAUGGAUGUGAACAACCUGGCCAUGGUCAUGGCUCCUAACUGUCUACGUUGCCAGUCAGAUGAUCCCAGGGUGAUCUUUGAGAACACCCGUAAGGAGAUGUCCUUCAUUCGAGUGCUCAUCCAGCGACUAGACACCAGCUUCAUGGAUGGGAUCUUAUAGCGCCCCCUACAGCUGUUCAGUGACCUACAGCCUCUCCUGUGCUCCCUUUAACCUGCUCCCUGCACACUCCCACAGCACAUGGACACCAUACAUUCAAAUCGUUGCUGCUGGUGAAUACUUGGCAAGUUCAUGUUUACUUUUGACGACAAAAACUGCCUUGAUUUGAGUUUGGCUGCUUUACAUUUUCAGUUGUAUCAGCUGUUUCAAUUUCUGUGGAUUUGGUCCAGCUGUAAUAUUGCAUAUAAACCAACAAUGUUUGGUUGGGGUUUGCUGAACCUAACAGUACUGUGUGUGCCUUCACAUCCAUUAUUACACUAUAAACAUUCAGCUUGAAGAUUUCUGCAGGGAUCUCAUCAUUACAUGAAUUUCUCUUUCAGAUCUGCAGACCUCUGGUUAAUUGUAAGUUUUGUAUGAAGUUAUUUUCACUUUCUGUUGCCUGGCUUAAGUAGACAUUCACUGUCAAUUGCACACUUCCAUACAAGUCUUACAAGUCUGCAGUAAUGCCAUCUGAUUAGAGGAGUGUUCUUCAGUAAAGUUAAAGAACUAGUGCAUGUUUAGCAGACAUUCCACUAAUGUCUCACACUUCACGGGAGAAACAGCUUUAUCGAUAUGGUUUGGCUCUAUCUGUUUGUUAUCGUUAUGACUCCCACUAAACUUAUUAGGAGCUAAGAACUCUGUAAUGGAAUACAUUUCUUCAUUUGUCCAUUUGUGAUCUUGCCUGAAGAUGAACAGAAAAUCAGAUAAAACCAUGGUUUCAUAGACACAGAGGAGCAUCAUGCUGAAGAAGAUGGAGCCCUGUUUUGAUUACAGGGCGAUGAAGUUUACUCUCCUCUGGGUUUGGAGAAUUUUCAUAAUGAUCCAAGGUUUAUGAAGACAGGCUCUCCUCACCCUGCAGUUUUGCUGUUUAGGGGCAGCUUAAAGACUUGAGUUCAAUUCCUUUAAAUGGCAUGAAGUGAUUCAAAAGCUUGAUUCCAGCAGGUAUGGAUGCUCUACACUCACAGGCCACUUUAUUAGGUACACCUGUCCAACUGCUCAUUAAAGCAAUUGUCAUAUCAACCAAUCACACAUCAGCAACUCAAUGCAUUUAGGCAUGUAGACAUGGCCAAGUCAACAUGCAGAUCAUUAAGUCACUUAAUGUUCAAAGCCAUGAUAAGUGACUUUGAACAACACCAACAACCCAUGGUUGUUGGUGCCAGACAGGCUGGUCUGAGUAUGUCAGAAACCGCUGAUCUACUGGGAUUUUUACGCACAAACAUUUCUAGGGUUUAUAGAGAAUGGGCCGAAAAAGAGAAAAUAUCCAGUGAGCGGCAGUUCUAUAGGCCAAAUGCCUUGUUGAUGCCAGAGGUCAGAGGAGAAUGGCCAGACUGAUUUGAGCUGAUAGAACGGCAAAAGUAA